UACCCCCCUUCUCUGACCCUGCUGUACGUGUGACGUCCAACUUGAUUUUUUCUCCUCUAACCACCAUCGUCUGAUUAUUCAACGACUUCUAGACAACUCUGUUCACCAGAGAACCUGACUUUACUCGAGUUUUUUUCCAUCACAAAACAGACCAUCCGUCAAAUCAUCAUGUCCAAAUCAAGAGUCCCGUUGGCCCUUGGCUUGACUGCCGCUGGCGGUGUCGGUUACUACCUCUACUCCGCUGGAGGUGACCCGAAGGUCGCCCAGAAGCAAGUCGAAGCCGACGCUCACAAGGUCUCCGCCAAGGUCAAGGGAGAGCUCCCGGGCCGCACCUCGGAAGCAGAGAAAGAUGCCGAGAAGUGGGGAGCCCAAGCCGGCGCCAAGCUGGAUAGUACUUCUCACAAGACACAAGCUGAACUAGCCAAGGUCAAGGCCGAUGCCGAGGCGUACGCGAGGGACAUCAAGGCCGGUACCCUGAAGAAGAUCGACGAGGCCGACCGCAAGAUUGAGGCAGAAGCAUCCAAGGCGAAGGGGGGCAUCUCGAGCUGGUUCGGCGGUAAAUAAACCAGCAACGGAACGGAAGGGUGACUGUACGAAUUAUAAGGACUCACAAUAAUUCCUGUGGGGUCGUAAUGAGAUUCCAGUGUGUCGUAGGUUUCAUGACUUCGCGGGAGUUACUUGGUACAAUUACAUAACAAAAAUGAGCUGACCGUAUACGUGAGACCGGUUAGUUGCACAUGUGCGCUGACGGUGCAGUGAAUAUGCUCGAUUUACCUGAAGUUAUAAAUAAAAGUCCGUGGAUCUAGCUU